UUCAAAUAGUUCAGAAUCAGAUAGCUCACAAUUGGAUAGUUCAAGGCCGGAUAAGCACAUUAAUGAAGAUUAUACCUCUUUAGCUGAACAAAUAAAAAAUAUGAAAGAGUGUAUCAAUAUUAAUUUGUCAGAUUUCGAUUCUGAUCACGAUCAAUAUGUCAGUCAAGCCUCAUCUUCUAAAUUUGUCAGAUAUAGACCAACAUUAACUUCAAAAGCCUCAUUCUCUAAAGUCAUCAGAUCUGAUGCAUCAUUAAUUUCAAAAGUUUCUUCAAAAAAUCAACAUCAAAAGGAACCAAUAACUCUAAUUAUUAUUAAUUCAGAUGAUGAUCGAUCAGAUAACGAUAGAAUUAAUAAGAACGAAAGAAGAAAUAUUCGGCGACCCGACAAUAAAAUACGAGAAUCAAAAAAGCACUAUCGUUCUCAAUCAAAAACAUUCACAACUAUCGAUAGUUCAAGUGAAUCAUCAAUAGACUCUCCUAAUUCAGUUCCGGCUUUCAGACAAAAGGCUGCUAAAUACCUUUGUAUGAAUAAAAUGCCCAA